AUGUCCGAGCUGUGCGGGCAUGAGAUAAAGCACACCUGUUGCUUUCCUCUGUAUUCCACUGUGCUGCGAUCCAGAGCUGUGAAAGGCAUGAGUGCACUUUCGUUUCAAUAGGAGGGGCCACAAAGGGGUAGGAAGGAGUAUUUAGAGAGAGGAUUCUUCGUAAGACUGGUCCAUUUCUCUGGAAGUUUUCAGAGUGGAGUAGAAACAGCAAUGCAUGCAGUACGACAUCACAGAGGCAAAAUCCGUAAGGAUGCAUUAUUGCACAGCACCUUCCUCAUCAUCAUCAUCAUUAUCCUGUGUUCAUAUGCAGACGCCUUCAGUGUGAUGGUACCAGCAAGGCGCUUGACAGCAGCCCGAGGACACUCUGUGGUUCUGGGCUGUAAUUUCUCACCUGAUUUUGGAGCAAACCCAAACCUUUCCAGCUUGGUGCUGACAUGGCAGAGGCAGGAGGAUAGCCAUGUGGUCCAUAGCUUCUAUUACGAGCGAGAUCAACUGGAGACGCAAAGCUCUGCGUACCGGAACCGUACGGCGCUGUUCGUGACCGAGUUGAGCAAAGGAAACGCAUCCGUAAGGAUCGAGAAGGUCGGAAUUAACGAUGCAGGGCGCUACCUCUGCACCGUGAGCACGAAUCUGGGAACGGACAAAGCAGAGUUACAGCUGGACUACGGAGCUUUCUACACAGAGCCGAGGUUAACCAUCAGCGUGAAUUCCUCGGGUGCGUUGGUCCAGUACGAGACGGAAGGAUACCCCGCCCCAGUGGUGAUGUGGAAAGGAGAAGAUGGCGAGAACCUCACCGAUCACAUUCAGACGUCCGUGCAAUCCAAUGAAGAGACGGGACUUUGUUACGUCAAAAGCAGUUACACGGCACCGAACACUCCUCUCAGCUUAACCUUUAUUCUCGAAAACCAUCUGCUGCAUCAGUACCUGCAGAGGCCCGUCAGCUACACUGGUGGACAGAACUCCUGCUUUAACCAAGUUAUUGUGCCCGUGGUCGUUUCUUUUCUCUUCCUCGUGACUGCAGCGAUGUUGAUUGGCUAUAUGAUCGCGAGAAGAGAUAAACUGAAAGACUGUUUCUUUAAAAAAGGCUGAGGCAAGUAUCACCCCCAAAGGUUAAGUGUAAAUAUAGUAACGUCGAUAAAUACCAUAGCGUAAUGUUUUCAGAGAACACGUCCAGCAGUCUGGGUUUGUUGAAGGCACAUUUUCAGGUUGACGGAAUGGAGCUGGCGAAAAUGUUUGAUUAUCGCUGAUCAUUUUGCUUUCUUUUAUUUAAUUAGUAUCAAAAGUGUACAUAGCUUUAAUGCUGUUUUUGUGUUCUUUCUUUUGUGCGUAGUUUGUAGCGUUUGAUUGAAGAACAAGUUUUUUGAAUUUUGAUAAAACACCACCCAGGUACCAUGGCCUCAACAAACUGAG